AUGAAGGCACCACUGGCGUUAUGGAAAGCCUCUAAGGCCAGCUUAUGGAGCACUCAGAAAAGGGCCUUGUCAAUGUCUAGACGCUUGAACAAUGAUGCAGGCGGUGGAGUUUCAAGUACUCUCGCUACAAGAGAGGGACCAGCUUUUCCAGCAGAUCUAUAUAUGCAUCCUGAGAAAUGGAAAGGAUUACCGCCCCAAAGAAUUUUGGAGCUGUAUUGGGAAAGGAUGGCUAGAUUGGGUUCAGAAUAUAAACCUAAUAAAGACGAACUGAAUGCUUUAUUAUCUACUUCUGAGCACACAAAUGUACCUGUUAACGAUAUUAAAAAGUUAUAUCAUAAAGGAGAGCAAGGCGCUAUUGAUAUAAAAGGUGGGAGCGUAAAUCGCGAUAACAGUCUUAGACCAUUUAUGUUUGACGAACUACCAUCUCAAGCUCAGGAACUAGUAGCCCAACAUCGUGAACAAAGAUUCUAUAAUCGAUUAGCCGCGUAUGAAUUACCACUAUUGGCACAAUAUCGCCAGGAAUACGAGAGACCAUCUCCAGAAACUCAUCCGGUCACUUAUAGGUUCACUAGCUAUGUCGGUGAAGAACAUCCGAAUUCAAGGAAGGUUGUAUUGAGUGUUAAAACAGGAGAAUUGGGCCUAGAGCCAAAAUCAUUACAUAAGUUUAGAGUAUUAGCCAGGUCGCGUUAUGAUCAUACUACGGAUAUUUUUAAAAUGUCUAGUGACAAAUUUGAACAUGCAUCACAAAAUGGACGUUAUUUGCAUGAUAUUCUACAGAGACUGUUAGCAGAGUCAAAAGAUUUGACAGAGGAUGAUUUUAGCGAUGUCCCCCUUGACACAAGGCAUACCAUCGCCAAGAGUUUGCGUAAAAAGAAGCGUGAUUAUGAGUUCCCUGAACACUGGAAACGCCCUGAAGAUGCGCCAAAGAAGAAAUUUGAUAUUGUAGAUCAAUUAUUGAGCACGCUUUAA